CGAGAUUUCCUGUCGUCAUUGUCACUGUUGCUAGCGACGAAGGAAGCUACAGAUUAACGAAGACGUGCGAAGGAGAUAUACUAUUUUGGUUCCAAAAGAUAACUUUUAAACUAGGUAUAGGAUAUUUUAUUUCGGAAGAAUCUACAAUGGAUGACGAACAACUGCGAAAUAUUGCACAGAUUUUGGUGAAGGAUGUAAUAGAGAAAGCCGUUGAUAGAGUAAAGACCGAGAACAGGCAAAUGGAUGAAGGUCUUGACCAGGGCGUAGACGGCAUUGUAGGACUGACCAUUGGACGGUCAAUCACGGCCAUACGCGAAGGUCAAAGGUCACCAACUGACAACAAGAUGGAGAGAAUGUUCGGACUUAACAAAACCUUGGUUACUGCAACACCGGAAGUAACAAGUGGCACAACAGGAAGUAAGCCUCUGGAGAUUAAAGAUGAUCGAAUCAAACCAAGUGUUGGAGGAAACGAUAACAAGCCUCAUAUCAUCACCUCUCACCCCGUCAAAGACGACAAGCCGACAGAACUGAAGAAAGAGCACGUGAUUACAACGCAUGAGCAUUUAAACAAGACUUUCGGUAAGAAGAAUGUACUGGGACGAUUGUUGGACAGGAUCCUCAAGAGAGACAAGAAAGAGGCUAAGGAAAUCGAUGCUGCUACAGCAGGUGGCAGCACCAGUACCUCAGUCGGUGGAAAGAAGAAGAGCGCAUCCAAGGCCCAUAACAAGAGAGACUGGAUACGUAGAAAUCUCCUGUGCUGCUUCGUCAGACAGACUGCCACAGUCGAGCCUCUAUAAAUGAAUAAAUACAUCAAGCGAAGUCAUGGACAUUCCGAAUAUAAUGUGGCUUACAUGUAUCAUAUUAACGAUAUAAACAAAAACAAAAUAAUGAUAAUAUUGAAUCAAUUUCUAAAAGUAAAAAAAUAAGAAACCCGGAUUCAAGUUUGGUGACAGAGUGAAAUUAUCGUAAGAUAUAUACUUUAUUUAAUUAAAUAAUCCAAUCCGUUUAAGCAUUAGUCAAAGCAAUCUUAAUUUUAGCAGUGAAAUACUCAUUGUUCAAGUCAAGUUUUUGUCAUUGUAAUUAAGAGAUAGACUGGAUUGCCCCCCGUACUAUCACUACUCUCCGCCAGGCUUCGAAAGAAUACAAUUUAUAUCGGACCGCGCUCGGCCAUUUCCGUGAUAUCACUGACUCUCAAGUAUGCAAAGGAAAGGGGCGGAACGAUCCGAUUGGUAAAAUAGUAUCAUUUUUUUCUGAUAUUGGCCGUCACAGAGCUUCGAGUAAUGAAUAGUACUGAUAAAAUAUGUUUUCAUGCUUGACAAUUUGUAUACGUACAUCUUGUUUCAAUUAUUA